ACCCCGAUCGUCUCCACGACAGAACGCUUAUCGAUGAGAUUGACAGGGGGGAUGGGGACGAUCUCUACGAUGCCGAUGGUAGCAUGGAUGUUGCUGAGUCCGGAGAGAGUGAUGACGAUGGGGAGGAAGAGAGUGAUGUUGGAGGGGGAGGAGAGCGUGAGGAAGGCGGAGAA